CUCUGAUUGGUUAUUUAGCCGGCGGCACGUGGGAGCAAAAAGACUGUGCGAAAGAGAGCUAGAAACGCCGGUAACUGCAGCAGCGGGAGACGGGGGCGCUUGACUGUUUGAGACGGAAACACCUACGUGUGCGCGCGUGUAGGUCAUCUUGUCACGAGAUUAAGACGGUUGUGAAACAUCUGACCAGCAGACAUGCCCUCUGAUCUGGCCAAAAAGAAAGCUGCCAAGAAAAAGGAGGCAGCCAAAGCUCGCCAGAGACCAAAGAAGGAGAAUGGGGAAGUUGCUCCAGAAGAACCGGAACUGCAGCAAGUCAAUGGCACACUGGCAGCUGAGGUGGAUGAGGUGACACGUGAGUUGGAGGAAUUUGAACUCCGGAAGGCAGCCGCUCGAGCAGUUACUGGCGUUUUGGCUUCUCAUCCAAACAGCACAGAUGUUCACAUCAUCAACAUGUCAUUGACCUUUCACGGACAGGAGCUGCUGAGUGACACGACACUUGAGCUGAACUCAGGAAGACGGUACGGCCUGAUAGGGCUUAAUGGAACAGGGAAGUCAAUGCUGCUCUCUGCCAUAGGGGCUCGUGAGGUGCCAAUCCCAGAGCACAUAGAUAUCUAUCACCUGACUCGGGAAAUGCCCCCCACUGAUAAGACUGCUCUAGAGUGUGUUAUGGAGGUGGAUACCGAGAGGAGCAUGCUGGAAAAGGAAGCGGAGAGGCUCGCGCAUGAGGAUGCUGAAUGUGAGAAGCUUAUGGAUUUGUACGAACGUCUGGAGGAACUGGAUGCCGCCAAGGCAGAAAUGCGAGCUUCAAGGAUCUUGCACGGUCUUGGCUUCUCCCCAGCUAUGCAGCGCAAAAAGUUGAAGGAUUUCAGUGGUGGUUGGAGGAUGCGAGUGGCUCUUGCCAGAGCACUGUUUAUUCGGCCAUUCAUGUUGCUUCUUGAUGAGCCAACAAACCACUUGGACCUGGAAGCCUGCGUGUGGCUGGAGGAGGAGCUCAAAUCUUUCCGUAGGAUCCUUGUGCUUAUUUCUCACUCCCAGGAUUUUCUUAAUGGCGUCUGCACGAAUAUUAUGCAUCUGCACAACCGCAAACUAAAAUACUACACAGGCAACUAUGAUCAGUAUGUGAAGACCAGGCUGGAACUGGAGGAGAAUCAGAUGAAGCGGUUUAACUGGGAGCAAGAUCAGAUUUCACAUAUGAAGAACUACAUUGCCAGGUUUGGUCACGGCAGUGCGAAGCUGGCCCGCCAGGCUCAGAGCAAAGAGAAGACACUGCAGAAGAUGAUGUCGUCCGGUCUGACUGAGAAAGUCGUCAGUGACAAGACGCUGUCGUUCUAUUUCCAGUCCUGUGGGAAGAUUCCCCCUCCUGUCAUUAUGGUGCAGAAUGUGAGCUUCCGUUAUACCGCUGAUGGGCCCCUGAUCUACAGGAAUCUGGAGUUUGGGAUAGACCUUGACACUCGGGUGGCUCUUGUGGGACCCAACGGGGCUGGCAAAUCCACUCUACUGAAACUGUUAACAGGGGAGCUGCUGCCCUCAGAUGGAAUGAUCCGGAAGCAUUCUCACGUGAAGAUUGGCCGCUACCAUCAGCACUUGACAGAGCAGCUUGAACUAGAUUUGUCACCUCUUGAAUACAUGAUGAAGUGUUACCCAGACAUCAAAGAGAAGGAGGAGAUGCGGAAAAUCAUUGGAAGAUAUGGACUGACUGGCAAGCAGCAGGUGAGUCCAAUCCGCAAUUUGUCUGAUGGACAGAAAUGCCGCGUUUGUUUCGCCUGGCUGGCUUGGCAAAAUCCCCACAUGCUGUUCCUUGAUGAACCAACCAAUCACUUGGAUAUUGAGACAAUAGAUGCUCUUGCAGAUGCCAUCAAUGACUUUGAUGGAGGAAUGAUGCUUGUAAGCCACGAUUUCCGUCUGAUACAGCAGGUUGCUCAGGAAAUCUGGGUGUGUGAAAAGCAGGCAGUUACCAAAUGGUCAGGAGACAUCUUGUCUUAUAAACAGCACCUCAAGUCCAGGCUAAAAGAUGACGAUAAUCCGCGUAAGGGUAACUGAGAUCCCAUCCUCCAGCACAGACCGCGCAGCUUAAGGAAGUGGCACACUAGAGCUGCCCACCAGCCACACCAUCUGACCACUACCAUCAUGUUACCGGUGGCAAGGAAGACGCAGAUUGUUACCAUAGCCUCAGCCCAUCAGAUCCUGGCUCACCUAGAUUGUUUUGUUUUUCCCCUUUUUUUUUUUUUUUAAAGAAACUAUUUAUCUGUAACUCUGUGGGGAAAAAAUAAAGAUAGAAUCUGUA